AUGGAUCGGAAAGUGAGUGCAUUUCAAGCGUUGAAUAGUACCCAUGAGGAAGUCGGUGACGACAAGGACUUCAUAAUAAGAUAUCAAAAGGACGGUAAAGAUCCGAACACUGAUUCUUCUGAGUCCGAGUCUGAGUCCACGUCGAAUACUUAUAAUUAUGCGAGGCAGCCUCAAUCGUUACUACCACCGCUUGGGUCAGAUUUUGGUGAUUCUCGGCCCAAGAUUCGUUCAGUAUCGUCAUUUUCAUCUUUCUCUAGCAGCGAUUUGGUGACGUUUUCCUCAUUUGACCUUGAGAAUGUGAGCUAUUUUACUGACUAUGUGAUACUGAAGCUUCGGCCCAAUGAUAAACUACUGAUUAAAGGAAAUUACAGGCUCUCAAUAGACACUGGAAGUAUUAAACUCGAUUCCGUAGUCAUAUCACCCGAUUCCGGUAUUAUCGAAGUCAACUCUAGCUCGCUUGCUGCACUUCCAGUAAUCUACGCACACAGAGAUGAUGUCACUAUCAAAAUUUCUAGUUGGUUUGAUGGUUCGGAGAAGAUUGGCGAUCUCUAUCCUCAACUAAAACGUGUGUAUGAGAAUGAAAGUAAUGGCAGUAUGCGUCGGUUCGACAGCUAUUCAUUCACACCAGUUAUGCAUACCUGUGGUGAUUUUGGAACUACCAUUCCGUAUGAUUGGUCCAAAACCUUGAGCAGUUUGUCUACAGAAUGCAGAUCACACCGUAACAGUCACGUGCUAAUGAUUGGUGGUAAGAACUCUGGUAAAUCCACUUUCCUUCGUCUUCUUCUCAAUAAACUGGUCUCCAGUGAUUCUCAUGAAUGUGUUCAGGUGAUGGAUUUAGACCCGGGACAAACGGAGUAUUCUUUACCCGAAUGUAUUUCUUUUACUACACAUAGAAAGCCUAUAUUUGGAAUGCAUUACCCCUUCAGGGACGACGACUCACCUCAAAUUCAGUCUUUCUUGGGCUUCAACAAUCCUCAGAUUCAGCCUAUGAAUUACAUGCUUCAAAUGAGACGUCUCAUAGGUCAAGUGUCUGAUAAAUAUCCUUUGCUAAUAAAUACUCCAGGCUGGAUUAAAGGAUUCGGUGUGGAGAUCUUUAAAGAGCUUACUUCUAAUCUACACAUUACUCAUUUGUUGUUCUUCUCAAACUCUGAAAGAAGAGAAGACGAACAAUCGGUUUUGGGAGAUCUCAUCUUCGAUAAUCUUAUCCGGAUUAGUGGAUUUCAUAUAGCCCGUGAUGCAUCAGUGACACGAUAUUCUUCAGUACAUCUUCGUAAUUUCAAGAAGCUCUCUUAUUUUCAUUACGAUCGCAUCAAUGAUGUAUUUGACUUCAACCCUUUGCUAUCAAAAUCUCCUUACAAGAUCAGUUAUUCAGCUUCUGACAAUCUGACAGAACUAUUAAGAAAUCCUGGAAUUUCACUCGUUACCCUAAUAGAUGCAAAUAGGAACAUCAAUCCGGAUGAUACCUACGAAUGCAUCGAAUUCCAAGUUGUUGGAAUCUUUUUAUUGACUAAAGAGGCAUUUCAGAUUCUCUUGACAAGGUUGAUAUCGCAGGGAAAGCUUUUGCAUACACAAAGAUUUCCUAACUUGGCUGUGGACUGCAUCGAUGCAUUGGGAGAAGUGGAUAUGGAAUUCAAAGGCUUAGGUCUAGUUCAUUCCCUUAAUACAGAUUUGGAAUUGCUUAAUAUCUACACUCCCAUCGAUGUUGCCAAACUGGCAUCGCAAUUGCGUACGCUUAAUUACAAACUGAUACUUAUCAAGGGGAAACCCGACUUUCCCGUGGAAGAAAUUUAUCCUCAGAAAAUAUAUCAGUCAUCUGUUCCAUAUCUUGAGCAACAAGAGACGAAUCCGAAAGUCCCGUAUGUCACUUUUAAUACCAAUCUGGGUAAAGGUGGGAAGCCAGUCAGUGUCAGACGCAACAUUCAAAGAAGAAAUCUACAUUGA